AUGAAUGCAAAUGAGGAUUAUGAUCUGGAGAACAACAGCACCCCUACAGUGUUGCCGUCUGAGAUGGAUUAUUCACUUCUGGCCUUGGAUAUGCAUAAAUUCCUCCAUAUUUCCUCUGUAGCUUCAGAUGGCAGUAGCACCUCUGGAGUGAGUGCUAAAAAUAAUGCUGGUGGUUCCACUUCUAACAAAAGACUGAAGACAUGCAAUGCUUAUCUUGAAGAUUUUGAGAUGAACAAGUGUCCACUUUGUUCAUCGAGCUAUCAUGCCAAGGAUACCUUGGCAAAGCAUGCCUUAAGGAUACACCACAAAGCUGUUGUAGCCUUGCUUCAAGAUGGCAGUACCCAGCAGCAUCUCAAGUGCCCAUUUUGUGUUCACAAAGUUAUGCACAAACACCAUAAACUUCUGCUGCUUCAUCUAGAAAAGAAACAUGCUGUGGAAUUUAUAUCAUUUUUAAGACAAUCAUGUAUUCCUUCACCAAUGUCAUAUGAAACUGGAAUUGCCCAAAGUCAAUUGACUGCUGUAAAUUUGCAUGAAAGAAUUGAAGAAAUGUCACUGUCCCAUUUUGAUAACAACAAAUCUAGCACUCAGUCAAAUUUUUCAAUAACCAACUCCAGUCCUAAUCAACCAAAAUUUACCGAAAAUCAGUUUUUUCUAGGCCCAAAAUUUCCUUUUAGUGAGCUGAAAACCACCAAUCAGUUGAUAAAGCGUCCGUAUGCCAAACGUAAAUUGAUUCUUGAUGGUUCUGAUUCUCAAUCCUUAAAGAUAUCUUACAUGAAGGAGAAUGUACCUCCUAAAGAACCACUUAGCAUUCCUUUGUCAGGUGGAAGAUGGGAUUGGAAACAUGCUGCAGGAAAACCUUUUGCAUGUGGUCGUUGCAAAGAAGCUUUCUCUUGCAAUGCUUUAUUGUUAGACCAUGUCAGUAGCAGGCAUCGUGGACCUCUUCGCCUGCUGCAACCUCUUUUCACAUGUGGGUUUUGUUCAGCUUCCUUUUACAAGAACAGCUUUCUGGUUAGGCACUGUUUUCAGCAUCAUACGCCAGCAUGGAUAAAGAAGAAGUUUGGGGGAAGGGAAUAACUUGUUAGCUUGUGUAUAGAGUUUUCAAUGAAUUUGUUGAAUCUUAGGUGAGAUCUUUGGCUUCAUCUAGUUAAGGCGAUACACUUAUGCGCUAAUUGUAGGCAUAUUGCCAUUAUGUGAUGAAUUUUUUAUAAUCACCCAAAAAUAUGAACUUUUGCAGUGUAUAACUGAAUUAAAUUAAAGUCUUGUAUUCCUAAAAUAAAUUUUGUUAACACAA